AUGGCCUCACGAAAACGCGCAUCGGAUGCUGCAGGGGCCAGCGAAGGCGUAGAUUCCAAAACCAAGAAGACCAAGGUUGUCAAUGAUGGUGAAACAUCCACUGCCAAGACGGAUGCCAAUGGGGAUCGGUACUGGGAGAUCUCCAAGAUGCGCCGGGUGACUGUUUCCGAAUUUCGGGGCAAGACCAUGGUCAGUGUUCGGGAAUAUUAUGAGAAAGAUGGGCAGGAGUUGCCUGGGAAAAAGGGAAUCUCCAUGUCACUGGAGCAAUUCGCUGCUUUCGUCAAAUUACUUCCUGAGAUUGAACAGGCAGUCCAGCAGCAGGGGGAGUCAUUGCCUCGGCCGGUAUAUUCCGGCAGUGCUGCAAAGAACAGUGACAAUCAUGAGCAGGGUGAUUCGGCCAGGACUGAAAGCCCCGGCAAGCCGAACAUCGAGGCGACCAGCGACGAGGAGAGCGAUUCGUAA